AUGGUCCAGAUCAUGUCACUCGGCAAAGCCCCCAGGAAGCAGCUGGCCACCAAGGCGGCCAGGAAGAGCGCUCCGGCUACCGGCGGCGUGAAGAAGCCUCACCGCUACAGGCCCGGUACCGUGGCUCUGAGAGAGAUCCGUCGCUACCAGAAGUCGACGGAGCUGCUGAUCCGCAAGCUGCCCUUCCAGCGCCUGGUCCGAGAGAUCGCUCAGGACUUCAAGACCGACCUGCGCUUCCAGAGCUCCGCCGUCAUGGCUCUGCAGGAGGCCAGCGAGGCCUACCUGGUGGGUCUGUUCGAGGACACCAACCUGUGCGCCAUCCACGCCAAGAGGGUCACCAUCAUGCCCAAAGACAUCCAGCUGGCCCGCCGCAUCCGCGGAGAGAGAGCUUAGAGGCUGCAGCUCCAACUAACACACAACGGCUCUUUUAAGAGCCACACACACCUUCAUUAAGAGCUGCUCCCCUCAUUCUA